UUCAAUUAUGACUGUUUUUUUAGAACUUAUAAAAUAACCCUUCCUGUUUGGCUAUCUUUUGGAUAUGCAUGUUGGUGGUCUGACGAAAAUUUGUAAUCGAUGGAUUUAUUCAUCCAUACAUUAACAGGCACUGUGUUUGAACUUAGAGUAAGCCCGUUUGAAACCAUAUUGAGUAUCAAGGCAAAAGUUCAACGACUUGAAGGAAUUCCAAUUUCACAACAACAUUUGAUCUGGCGUUCCACCGAAUUAGAAGACGAUUAUUGUCUUCAUGAUUAUGGUAUUCGAAAUGGAGCGACUCUGACACUUGUACUUGCUAUGAGAGAUGGUCCCAUCAACAUGCGAAGAGUUUCUGUGGAAGAACCUACGAUGCAGGAAAUGGCAGAUUGUAUGGAUGCUAACAGGGAGGAGAUUUGGGACAAACUCAUGAACGAUGAUAAACAAGUCACACUUCUUGUUUUUCGUGACGGCGAUCAAUUAAACUUCUUUCGCGUGUAUGACAGAGGUGAUGGAACUUUAUCGCCAUAUUCUGAAACGCUAAGCCCUGUCUCCAAUUAUAAUGCCUGUCCAGAUAACGAAAUUGUUGAAAUUAAACAAGCUGAUAAUCUUGUCACUAGAGACAAAAUGAAGUUACUUCGCCAACAAAUAAAUGCAAAAGCUGAUAAGAAAAAGAACAUUGAGCCGCGCCCUCCGUCAACUGGAAAACCAUCUACUAACUUUUCCAAGCGCAGAAUUCAUUUUUCACAACCACCACGGAGCGUGUUAUCUCGUCAUGGAGUGAUACCGAAAACCGAAUCAAAGUUAAAACAAUAUGAUGAAGUCACACCGUCCCCAGAAAAAUUAGAGGGCACCUCUGCUUUCAGAUUAGAUACACCGGUGACGUCAGACACGCCUAUUACUCACGACCAUUUACCCCGCGUGCGGUCGCGAGGGAAAGAUUCCGCCAAUGUUGACGUAACAGAUUUUACAUCAGAUCAUUUUGACGAUCAAGGCACUGUUUGCUCGUUUCAAUCUAACGUCGCGGAAUGCAAUACCGAUUUCUCAUUUUGUAUUUCCGAACAUGGGACAGUCUAUUCCCAAAAUAAAUAUAAAUGUUUACCGAAUUUACAAACUAGUAAAAAUAAGUCACAUAUAAAUAAUAAUAUAUCCGAUGAGAAUAAAGCUGAUUUACGAAAGUCAUCCAGGUCACGUCGACAAAUUUUGAAGCCUUUAGGAACAGUGGACCGUAGCAACGCUAGCGAAUUAUUUUCUGACAUCAAAAGCCCUCCUCACGAUAAAAGACUAAAGAAUAAAAAAAGUGUACAUCGUACAAAAGAUGAAACACAACGUAAUGAACGGUUAGAUGAAGCUUUAAAAGAGUCUCAACUGCCGGAGCUUCUGCGCAGUCCGACUGAAUAUGAAAACUAUAAGAAACUUUUAAAUUGGGUGCAUCCAAAAAGCAACGAAGUCGAAAAUGAACCAGGGGGUAAAAGAUAUAGUAUAUCCAGAAAAAACAGCUUCGAGAUGAUCAGAUCACUUUCCAGAAGUAGACGAAGAACGCCGGAUGGAAGAGUAUCUAUGAAAGUGCAUUCAUCUAAAAUCCACCCACACGGAAACUUAACACAUCUCCCACCCGUGCAUCAAGAAAAAAGAGAUCCACCAACUUUAAAUGGAAAAAAGAAAACACGCUGCUCGUUGUGUGGAAAGAAGUUAGGCUUGGCUACUACGUAUCAAUGUCGAUGUGGCAGCAAGUUUUGCGCAUCUCAUCGCUACCCGGAAACACACACGUGUACAUACGAUUAUAAAACUGAAGGAAGAAAAUUCCUUGCGAAAAACAAUCCUGUCGUGGCAGCUCCAAAGCUUCCAAAGAUUUAAUCAUAUAUUUUUUUCUCUCCUUUUUUUACUUUUUUAUAUAUUUGUACAUAAUUAUAAUAACACAUCAUUUUUAUACUCAACCAUGAACACAGAAAAAUUAUUAUUUA